AUGGUCCAUUCGUCUGGAAAAGCUACUCGUUCUAUCGAGAUGAAGGUCCUUCUCUCGACAUUUGCUCUCCUUUCCGCUCAUGCUCAAGCGGCGAACCUGAAUGGACACCCGCACCUCAACACAUUGAGACCACGAUCCCCAUUUUCGUUGGGUGGCACAGCUCCUGCUUCCAACGUAGCUGUCAAUACGAGUUGUGAACAGCCCGACAUAAACAAUGCAACUUGGAUCCAACGGGGAAUAGACUCUUACCUCGAGAGCUUUCCCAACGGUAGCACUAUGUCGUUACAGAGAGACGGAAAACUCAUGGCUUGCUUCACGUUUACUGUUACUUCAUUAAUCCAGAAAUUUGCUGCACAUGCAGGUCUUGAUAACUUCAUUUGUGGGAUUGGCGAGCAAUGCCAUGCUGGUCAAAUUUGUAGCCCAGCUCACUCGCCCGACUGGGAAGUCCUCGUUGGUGCACAAGAAUGGAACAACUUCCGCAAUAAACUCUACGAGGCUGUUGGAGUUGCUACUCAAAUGGUGACAUCGAUCUCUGGUACAUUGGUAUCAGAUCUAUACCCUCCAGCUCACAAGGGUGAGCUAUGGGACUUGAUGAAAACCUUCACCCUUGCAUCUACCAUCGUCGCCACUAUCUCUCUGCUAUCGAUCCUUGCCGGAGUGGGAAGUAUAAUCUUUAUUGCAAGCUCUGUGGCGCUCGCCGUCACUGGUGGAAUUGCCGGUGGGAUUGGGGUCAAAUUGGCACUCGAAACACCGGAGCCAGAUGCGUUUGCCAGGUGGUCUAAUUAUGCAUUCUACUUGAGCCAAUGGCAACAACACGUUCAAAAGAAUAUUGCAAAUGGCACUCGAACAGUGAUCGAGUCUGGCGUUAGCACCGCCCAAGGAAUCUCUAGCGUGCUCAAGAACGGAACAUUCUUCUAUACGCGCCCUGAAGUCAACGAGGCUGAACUCAUUUCAUCUUUGAAGAACACUACAACUGCACGAAUCGUCACCGAUAUACUUCGUAAUCAGGUUUUGCAAACUCCUACACUAUGCACCAAAUGCAGUGCUCGCGAACUUUUUCUGACUGCAUUGUGCGAUGAUGUUGGAACUUCAACACAGGACAAAUGUACCGGGGAUGGACCUGGAGGGGCAUGGGGCUCAGCCGAGUCUUUGUCAUACUGCUCUCCUAAUGGAACCAUGAUGAACAUCAUUCAUGGCGGAAAGAAAAAAGUAAACAACAAGUGGCACAAUGCUGACUUGAUCUACAAGAAGUAUGGAAUCACGGUCAAAUACUUGGUAGAGCAAUCUUGGGACUGUCAGGUCAAGCACGGUGGCUUCAGCUUUGACCCAUACAAGUCUGGUUCUUUCCCUACAGACAUGAACUCCGAGUGUAUUGCUAAUCUCCCGGUUUGUGAUCUGCGACAGCAAGGUGGGCGAUUCAUACAGACCUUGAGAGCAGAGAGGAACCUCGUAUUGAUGUCUUGA